CCUCUGGCGGCUCUCCGGAAGUUGCCGAUUUGUCCGGCGAUCGGCGGGCGGUUGGUCGGCGGUUCCCCGAGCGGCCGGGUUAACGCGCUCGGUGAAAGAGGCGCCAACAUGAAGGGGAACGUGAGGAUAUUACUGGUGGGAGAACCUAAAGUUGGCAAAACGUCACUGAUCAUGUCCUUGGUCAGUGAGGAGUUUCCUGAGGAGGUGCCAGCACGUGCAGAAGAGAUCACAAUCCCUGGGGACGUCACACCAGAGAGAAUUCCGACUCACAUCAUUGACUACUCGGCAUCAGAGCAGACAGACGAUGAGCUCCAGGAUGAGAUUAACCGGGCAAAUGUGGUCUGUGUUGUGUAUGAUGUAAACCAGGAGAGCACCAUUGAGAAGAUCCAGAGUAAAUGGAUCCCUUUGGUAAAUGGCGGCUCUGAAAGGGGGAACAGAAUUCCAGUGAUCCUGGUGGGUAAUAAGUCAGACCUGCAGGGAACCAGCUCUAUGGAAAUGAUCCUUCCCAUCAUGAACCAGUUCACUGAAAUUGAGACCUGUGUGGAGUGUUCAGCUAAGAACUUGAAGAAUAUUUCUGAGCUGUUCUUCUACGCACAGAAAGCUGUCCUGCACCCAACAGCCCCACUGUACAACCCAGAGGAUAAACAGCUGAAACCUUCAUGUGUUCAAGCCCUGACCCGGAUCUUCAACAUCUCCGACCAGGACAAUGACGGAAUCCUGAGUGACGAAGAGAUGAACUUCUUUCAGAAAUACUGUUUCAGGAACCCACUAUCAGCACAAGCUUUAGAAGACGUUAAAACAGUAGUCUGGAAAAACACAACCGACGGGAUCCUGGAUGAUGGACUGACUCUAAAUGGUUUCCUGUUUUUGAACAUGUUGUUCAUCCAGCGAGGAAGACACGAGACCACCUGGACUGUCCUCCGCAAGUUUGGCUACGAUGAUAACUUGGAACUGACAGAUGACUAUCUCCACCCACCGCUACGUGUUCCCUACGAUUGCACAACUGAGCUGAAUCAGCGCACCUACCUAUUCCUCCAGCGUGUCUUUGAGAAGUAUGAUGCAGAUAAUGACGGCGUGCUCUCUCCCAUCGAGCUGAAGAAUUUAUUCAGUGUGUUUCCUUACUUCCCCUGGGGCCCCGAGGUCUUUAACACGGUGUGCACAGAUGAGAGGGGCUGGAUCACCCUUCACGGCUACCUCUGCCACUGGACGUUCACUGCCUACCUGGACAUUCAUCGCUGUAUCGAGUACCUGGGAUACCUGGGCUACACCACCAUUAUGGAGCAAGAAUCCCAGACUGCAGCCAUCACAGUCACUCGGGGAAAGAAACUGGACCUGGAGAAAGGUCAAACCCAGAGGAACGUGUUCCUGUGUAAAGUGAUUGGACCCAAGGGCACUGGGAAAACAGCAUUCCUGCAGGCCUUUCUGGGACGCAGCCUGGAGGUGCAGAGCGACAUGGGUGGAGAUCUCUGCGACUUUACAAUCAACACGGUGCAAGUCAACGGCCAGGACAAGUAUUUAAUUCUGCAUGAGGUGGAUGUUGACACUGAGUUUCUGAAAGCCUCCAAUGCUACCUGCGAUGUGGCCUGCCUGAUGUACGAUAUCACGGAUGCCAAAUCUUUCAACUACUGUGCCAGUAUUUACAAGGAACACUACAUGGAGAGCAGAAUUCCCUGCGUCUUUGUGGCGUCAAAGGCUGAUUUGCCGGAACAGAAGCAGGAGCACGGGAUCACGCCGGUGGAGUUCUGCUACAAACACAGGCUCCCAGCUCCUUUCCACUUCAGCUGCAACAACGACGUGGCAGCCAACUCGCAGAUCUACUCCCGGCUCGCGCUUGUUGCUGCAUUUCCCAACCUGAAUGAAGCAGAGCUCAGCGCCUCUUCCUUCUGGCUGCAGGUCACACUGGGAGCCACAGUCACUGCCUUCCUCGCACUCGCCCUUUACAAAGCACUGGCCCGACACAAAUAGCGGGAUGGAGCUGGCUGGUACAGAGUGUCUGGUGGUCCUGGAGACGGAGCUCAGCAAGGAGAACGGGCUGCCCAGCGCCAACUCGGGUUGGAAGGAGUGACGGAGCUAAAGUUGGAGGAACGGAUCGAGCAGUGUGCUGCCAAACGUUUCAACAGACGCAGCAAACCCGCAGGAGUGGCUCCUCCUCGCUGCUGCUGCUCAUGGUAUCCAUGAGCAGGGGUUGACCAGAUAGGAGUGAGGCUAGUUCACUCCCCCAUCAGUCGGGAGUGAGGUUUAAUCACUCCCUGACCACAGUCAGGAGUGAGGUUAACUCGCUCCCCUGCCACAGUCAGCACUGUCUCGUCUCAGGGUUUGGACUCCUGUCCUCUUGUUACCUGUUCCCCAUCCAAACCUCCAAGUCACUAGUCAUUUCUCCUGGCAGGCUCCUGGCUAGACUGCUGUUUUUCUGGUGAUCUUUUUUGUAAAAACGCUAUUUUAGUCUCAGCAUUGAUUGUAAAGUCCCUCUCUGCGUCGGGCUCUUCAGGCACAUUUGAGAAACCAAAUGUUUCUCAUACUAUUUUUGUACAAGAAUUUACAUCUCAAUGUAAAUAGUUUGCAGUGUAUUUUUCCACUUAAAUAACACUCAAGGGUGUUCAUGUCCUUUUCAAUAUUGUUGCUUGAGGGUUUGGGUGAGUCAAACCAAACCAAAAUUGCACUGACAUUGUGCACUCAGUUACUGGCUGAACUGUACCACAGGGAGAGUGAGGGCGUGUCCCUCCCUAACAGAGAAUGAAUGUGUUUCCCCCCCAUCCCAGUGUACCAGAGAGAGUGAUUUCUCCCCAUGUGUAGUGUUAGACCCUUCUCCCCAACCAGCUGCCUCUGACCAGCACAGAACCUCCGUUUAUAGUUUUGAUUUUCACAAUCUCAGUCCUGGAAAAACCAGAUUAUUUUGCAGACACCUUGAGCACAGAGAGAAUCCGUGACCUAAUUUGCUGCUGUUUGAUCCUACCUAUGUAUCGUCAGUACCUUUGUUAAGUGUACUGAGCAUCGGUGAGAGACGCUUGUUUCAGAUCCUGCCCACUGUAGCUGCUGGGAUUUCUCCUGAUCGUACUGGUGGUUCUGGUCUCAUUUACACUAAGUUAUCUCCUUAACCGCUGAGUUUUUCUGAUCCUUAACUGAGACUUCAACUGUGGUUCCUGCUCCAGGGACUGGAGGAGGCCAUUUUGCCCCUUGGUUAGACUGAUCCCAGCUGAUUUGUAUUUGGUUUAGUAAAUGUGUUGAUAUCUGACAGACAAAGACGCCAUCACCAGCAAGAGUCACUCAAAUACUCCCAGUCCUGGCCAAACAGUACUUUCUUUUAAAGAAAAAAGUAUUUUUUUUAACUGUAGUAUUGUUUAACUAUUCUAGGAUGUACAUUUUUGAUUAAAAAGGUAUUAAUAUAUUAUAUAGUUGUGGUCCAGAGACUGAACUUCUUAGAGCUAAGUGCCUCACCAGUGUCCAAGCACUCCGAUCAGCACUGGUUCCUGCUACUAACCUUUAAUGAUGGAUGGAGUGGCCAUUAGUACACACACACUGAUGUGUUCUCACUAACCUACCUUACUGCUGGGGUGUAGAGCAUGAGGAAUCAAACACUAAUAAGCAGGUCAGCUUCCCACUGCAGCUCCUGGCUACCAGUGGGUUAGCGAUUUGCUCCCUGGGCAUUGUCCACCAAUGUGCCUUGGCCCCAGCAGAGGAAAUGCAUCCUCUCUGGGACAGACAUGGGCAGUCGGAGUCACUGCCUGAAGACUCAGUUGGAGCAUCGUGAGAAGUAACAAGCUGGUUUUGCUCAUUGAAUGUCUGAUUAAUUCUCCGGCCCCUGCAUCUGACAACAGAGUGCCUUGUGGUCACCCAGUGUGGGAGUUCUCAGUACAAGCACUGGGACUCCAGGUCCCAGGUACAAAGGUUGAGGAGGGGGUAGGAGCCAGUGUUAAUUAAGCUGUCACUUGUAUGUUCUGUUUCCUGUGGCAAAUUCCAUCUACUCAAGUGUAAACACUUGUGAAUUUUACUAGACUUUAUGUACCUGUCCUUCAAUGGAAAUAUAAAUAUAUUUUCAGAUUUUA